ACUACUACUGCUAUAUAUAAGAAAACUAGCGGGAAUUGUUGUGUCCGAUUUCGUUUUCAAGGUUUUCUCAUAAUUUCGGAUCUGACAUUUAUUGGAAAUUUGUAUAUAUUGUUUUAAGUCCGCCUAAAUAUUAGUAUUUAAACCAUCCAACGUAAAGUUUAUAUUCCGUCCGUACAGAACUGAUGUUAGGUAAUACUACUAGUAGCUAAUGACAACGUAAACAAAGUUUAAAGGUGUUCGUCUCUUCGUGCCACUGUUACCUCACACUCAGUCAGGAUAGAACUUAAGUAUGGUGUGACAAAAAAAUGAAGCGAGGAAAGAAAAAUGACGUUCCACCUUCUAAACCUCAAAAAACUCUUUUUGACUUUUUCAAGUCACAGCCCAAAGAACCAGCACCUGCAGUCCUCAAAAUUACCUGUCCUGGAUGCCUUACAGAGGUACAUGAGAGUAAAAUCAAUUGGCAUUUAGAUCAAGAUUGCAAGAGCCGGGAAAGGCCUAAAAAGAAAAAAGAUGGAAAUUUGGCCAAGCGGAAGAAAAUCCUAAAGUCUGUAAAAAGUGAAAUUGCCACCAAAGAAAAACAAAGAAUUAUGUUAUCUGAUGAUGAAGAAAAUCAUUUCUACAUGUCAGAAGAAUCAGAUGAUGUUAAAAUAAUUGAAAAUGAAAAUUUAACUGAUGAUGAAGAACCUUACAUUACCCCAUCUAUGGUUGAAACACAUAUUUUUGAAAUUGACGAACAGUAUGACACAACUCCCACAAAGUCCCAAGGUUCUUUGUCCAUCCAUGGGGAACAAACUCUUUCUCCUUAUUUUUCACAAAGUGGAAAAAACACAGUAGGUUCUCCUGCAGAGCAUAAGGAAAUAAAGCAGGAAGGUGAAGUCAUUGGCUCCCCUCAACACCGCUUAGCUUCAUUAAAGGCAGAUUGGGAAUCACCAUAUUUAUCACCACCCAAAUCAUUAUUGGGUACUGAAUCAUCAGCUAACAAGGAAAAUACUACAUCUAGUAAUGUGGACAUUCAAACUGUGAAAGGUAUGCUUGAGAAAGAAAGCAGCAAAUGUUCUUUCACUCCUUCUAAAUUAUCGUUGAAUAAACAACGAACAGACUUUGAAGUAGAUGCAGGUUUAAGUGGGGUGGGAGAUUUCCCCCCAAGUUCUACUUACCAUGCAACCCCACAUAAACUUUUCAAGGACUCUUCAAAAACACCCAGUAAGCAGCCAAAAGCAUCAUUGGAAGCAAAAUAUAAGUGUGAAGUUGUUUGUAGUACUAAAUUGUCAGGCUCUUGCAUUAAAGGUAAUGACAGAUUUGAUGAAGACAGUGAUGAUGAUUUUGAAAAACCCAUUCAAUAUCGAACUCCAGAGAAAUUACCAAAAAAGAGACUAAAAAACCUAAUAGGGUCUGGCAAGAAGAAUAACACCAAAGAUUCUGAUUCUUCCAAGAUUUCAUUGUCUGCACUGUCAGAUCAUCCUGAUGUUAUUGAAGCAUUUUUGUCACCUCUGAUAGACCCGAGUCUUGUUUCCCCAGUGAGAUCACCCAACCCAUCUGGAAAUAGUUUCAAUGGCACUUUAGUUGAUAGUGAAAAUAAGGCAGAACAUAUCAGAAAACUUUUUCUUACAUCUACUUCUGAAAGUAGUCAAGGUAGUAUUAGUGAACCAGAAGCAUCCAAAUGUAAAGUUUUCUUAUCUCAAGAUAUAAAGUCCAGUACUAACAGAUUCACAAAGCUUGAUAAGGAGAGCAUUUUUGAUGCCUUGUUGAAUACAGCUUCACAAAGCCAGGAGGACAGUAAUACCUCACAGAGUCAAGGUGCCUCUACCACUUCUUCCAAAAGUCAAGGUCAGUUGAGUCCAGUUGAUGGGAAUAAAAGGAUUUGGGCUCGAACACCAAGAAAAAUUAACCAAAGUAUUAAGUCUACAGCUGUUUUACAGUCUUCACCCCAUAAUGUCUCCAAAAACUUUUUAGCAAGAAGGUCAGCUUCUUUAUCACCACAAAAACACAGUAAAUCACCAAAUAAACAACUUGGAAGUUCUCAAGACUCACCAACAGUAUCAGAAGUCUUUGCCAAAAAUAAUUAUGACAAAUCCAUUUUUAGGGGUCAUAAAGGGUAUUACUUAGAAAACUUUUUGCUGAUAAUAACAACAGUGAUGGCUGAGCCAGGUGAUUUGCAACUGUUUAAUGAAGAAGACCAGUCAAUUGUAAAAAGCUUCUAUAAAUUAAGUUUACAAGGUCAAAAGCUGUAUGUCCGGUUGUUUCAGAGGAAACUGAAGUGGAACAGAUUAUCCAAGCUUGAUUAUCGUGACAUUUGUGAUCAAGAAGACAUGGAGUUGUAUGUCCGAGAAUUGUCUUAUGCCAAUUUUUUAAGACUGGAAGUUGAGUUAUGUGAUCCAGGUGAAGUUCUUCAAUUGUUGUCAGCUGAUGAACUGAAAAGUCUGUGUAAACAGAUGAAAAUUUCAGCCACAGGAAAGAAAGAAGACUUGGUAAAGUCUUUACUUAACUUCAAUAAAAGUCAGCCAUCAGUCCUGUCUGCUUUUUCAAAGAGCUCUUCUGAAAAUUGUGUAAUUUUAAAGCAGGCUAAAGAAUUAUUGGGACCAUGUUGCCUUGUCAACAAAGAUGUACAUCGUGUAUUUAUGCGUAUAAUUAUGCUGUAUGGUUUGCCCAGGUAUGAUGAUGAAGAAGACAAAGGAAAUCAUACCCAAUUGACAACUUUGUUGAUGGUGAACUUAGGUAAAUUGAGUUUUCCAAAAUAUGAAGCAGUCAGGCAGCAUUCUAUAUUCCAGUCACGAGAUGAGCUCAUAAGAUUUGAAGGUUGCAGCCAGCUUCUAACAGAUCUGCAUGAUUGUCUUGAAAGACAACAGUGGGAUGAAUCUCUUCAGUAUUGUGAUCUUGCAAAAGUAACUUAUGAAGAGCUUAUUAACAAUAAACAACUAAUGGAACAUGAUUUGUCGUUGCCAACAUUCCUACGUUGCUAUACUUCCAUUUCUGUACUCGUUCAUAUCUUGAGUUGCUCUGUCGAGUGUUACCAAAGACUCAAGAAGUACAGGAAAGCUGUAGAACAACUGAGGUUUUUGCUGAAUCAGACCUCACACUUACAAGACUAUCGUGGAAGGUGGUAUGAUAGAUUAGCUCUGAAUCUGGAAGUGCAUUUAAAGUUACCAUCAGAAACUUUGGAAGUUAUCAAAGAAGCUUUAAAUGAUCCUGAGGUUCGGGAAGGUCACCGCCUAUCAUUGAGCAUAAGAGCAGAAAGGAUGGCCAAUUCUUCUCGUUACAAGUCUUACGCCCCGGAAAUCCUUGAAUUACCAUUAAUGAAACCAAAGGAGGCACCAAAAGUUAUUAUUGAAGGGAGAUCGCUUCCUGGUGAAGCGGGCUACAAAAAAGUGUUUAUUCGCCAAGAUUCAGAUAGACAUGCUGGUGAAGGGGAAGUGACUGUAUGUUCUGUUGAAGAAUUAGUGCUAAAUCAUUAUAAAGAUCAAGGCUACAUGGAGGGCCUGCAUCGUGAAGGAACCACUAUAAAUUCGUUGUUUGGGUUAUAUUUUUGGGAUAUCCUGUAUAGUACAGUGCCAGAUGUCUUUCGGUCUCCACAUCAGGCAGCUCCUUUGGAUUUGAAUGAUCCACAUUUUUAUACUGCAAGAAAAGAUAUAAUUGAAAAGAGAUUAUCUCAACUUGAGAAUUAUACAGAAGAGGAAGCUGGAAAGGAACUGGAAAGAGUAUGGAAUGAACACAUAGGAAAAACUUCUAUGGUUGCUUGGGAUAUAUUCCGUAAUCUAGAUUAUGUCAAGGGAUUAGUCUCAAGCUUGAAAUUGCCAGUAUUGUCAUCCAUCUGUAGACGAUUGGCUGUAGAUCACAGGUUCACCCGGAGUGGAUUUCCUGAUCUUAUUGUUUGGAAUCCUGUCAUUAAGAAAUGUUGUAUUGUUGAAGUUAAAGGUCCCAAUGACCGCUUGUCAACAAAGCAGAUCCUAUGGUUGGAUUACCUUCUUGAACAUGGUGCUGUGGCUGAAGUGUGUCAUGUAGAAGCAAUAGGAGCAAAGAAAAUGAAAUUGGCCUCACCACGAAGAAUCUCACCCAAGAAGAAACAGUCCCCAAUUAAAGUUAGGCCCAUUGAAGGUGACACAAAGAGUAAGCCAAGAAAGAGACGGCAGAGUAAGAAAAAAGAAAAAGUUUCAGAUAACCAGGAAGAACAGAUUCCAGAAUCAAUCAGAUCAUCUAAGAUUAAAGAUGAUAAGGAAGAGGACAAUUUCCAAAAGAUAACCAAAAGGUCAAAUAAAGUCCUAGGUGAGAGAGAGAAAGAGAAAAGUUCAAAUCCACCAAAUAAUCUCUCUCUGAAAGAAAGCACUUCAGUAUUAAAAAGGAAGCAAACAAGAAAUAGUACUAGGAAUAAAGAGGACAAGGAAAAAUUAGAAAUAUCAAGUCAUGUAAAUGCUAGUAGAGAGAAUAUGAAUACAAAAUUACAAGAAAAGACAACAAAAAAAUUAAAAGCAGUGGAUAAUAGAGUAAGUUUAAAUAUGCAAAAGAACUUGAAAAAUACUAAUAAUGUAGAGAAUAUUUCAAAUCCAUCAAAGAAGCGGCAGAAAGAUGCUGACGUAGAGGAUGAAGAGGAUUUAAUGCCACCAAAGAAGCAGGCAAGAAAUACUAAUGAGAGACAAGUGAAGAUGAAAGCUCUAAAGGAACAGCCAAAAAAGGUUCACUUGGAGAAAAACGAUAGUUUAAAACAAGCUCAAAACCCAAAGAUUUCACAAGCUAAUGAGGUACAUAAAAAAGGUUUAAAGACGAGAGAUGUCAAAAAUAAAACUAAAAUACUUAAUACUGAAAGAUUUCAUAGCAACCCUAGACGAUCCCACAGGAACCAACAAGAAUGAGGACCAAUAUUAAUGCUACAGUAUAUGAUAGAUAACUUUUUUAUUUGUAUAUGCAAACAAAUUUUUUUAUUUAUAUAUGAAAAACUUGUUUUAAUUAUAUAAAGAGCUUGAAAAUAUGCACCGAAUUCAUUAAAGUUUUUAUCUAUUUUGUUAGUGGUGUUGUCACAUGGCUUCCUAUAAUGGCCCAGUUUUACAGCAUAAUUCUACAUAAUUGUCACUGUAACUAUGGUACAGUUUUAUUGUAUCAAAAGAUUUGUUCUUAAAUGAGGUACAGUUUUUGGACUGUAUUUACAUGGGUUUCAACAUUAUUGCAUGCAUGGCAAAAAUAUUCAUUUUUCCUUUAUUGUAAACUAAACUUCUAAACAAUUAUACCAGUAUUUGUUUCCAGAGAAUUAAAUUUUAUUCUAUUAAACUACUAUACCAAAAUUUUAAUUGUAGUAUUCUAUUAAAGUAUACCAGAUUUAACAAGAAAUUUAUAUUUUUCUUAACAUACAAAUUUACACUUUUGUAUAUGGAGUAUUUCUUGCGCAUAGCUAUGCUUGGCCGUUUCUAGACUAGUCUCAAAACAAAACCUUUACCUCUAACCUGGGAUGCUCACAGUCUGACUUCCACUGUGUGAAUUAGUCCAUGCUUAUCGUUGGACCUGCCUUCAUAGGAGUAGGAGAUCGGUCUAUGUGGGGCAGUAUAAAGAGGAUAACUGCUGGAUUACAAAAGUUUUUUUUUUAUUAAUUUUAACGGAUUUCCAGUUGGCAUUAGAAGAUUAUUCUAACGUUAAGACUGAAGGUUUGUUAGUUAUGAAAAAUACAAAUUGAUUAAAAAAUUUGUCAUGUUUGCAUGUUGGGAAAAAUACAAAUUUCUUUUUCAAUUUGGUAUUUGUUCCAAUACAAA